GACAUCCCGGAGAACUCCCCACCGGUCCUCAUCCGCGGCGGCUUCUUCGCCUCCGCAUCGGAGGAGACCUCCACGGUAGAGUUCAGCAUCACGGACCCCAAGGGCAACGUCAUUUUCGAGAAGAAAGAUCAGGCAGAGGGCUUGUUUCACUUCAUGGCGAAGAAGAGCGGCACCUAUACCUUUAUCGUCAGCAACCACAGAUGGAUGGAGGAGAAGAUGGUGACCUUCGCUGUGGGCAAGGGGAACGAGACACAUCUGCAGCCACAGCAUCUGACGACCAUGGAG